AUGGCGACAAUAAAGAAAUCUUAUCUUGAAACAUUACCUGCUGAAGUUCUUCAUCGAAUUUAUGAUGAACUUGAUGCAGAAACAAUUCUUUUUUCAAUUCGCUGUGUAUCCAAAAGACUCUACUCAAUUACCAAUAACUACAAUCGUUAUCGACUAGAUUUUCAUUAUAUGUCGAUAUCUAAUAUACGGGUCAUGGCCCGUAUUAUUGACCCUAAAAAUGUUAUUUCACUAACACUUUCUGAUGAAGAAGAGUCAUAUGGUGAAAUUUCAUUGUUUCUUUCUCAUUUUCAUCUUGAUCAAUUCAUUCGAUUGCGUUCAUUAACUCUUAUUAACUUAAGAGAUAGAGAUGCGGAUCUAUUUGAAAACUAUAUUAAUAAAUGUUGCCUUACAACAGUCUCGAUAUCGUUUGAUUACCCUUAUCCUAAGAACAUAAAACAAUUAUUAACAUCUAUCGUAUCGCUUAAUGGUCUUCGUAAAUUGGAACUUGCAUGUGAAGAUCGUAUUCUUGAUGAUUUGCAAUGGCCCAUUCAAUGUCGAGUGGAAAAUUUGACAAUUUCUGGUAGAUGUAAAUGGAAUAUAAUUUACUUUAUACUUAAUCAUUCGCCUUAUCUACGAACAUUAGUUUUGAAACUGUUUGAUAUAGGUGAAUCUGAUGAGAAUAUUGUUACACAAUCUGACGUAAAACAGUUCAAUAAUUUAGUAUCGUUAUCGUUAUACAUUAGGAGCAGGAUAAAAAUAAGUGAUAUUUAUUCAAUUCUUACAUUUUUACCUAAUCUAACACAUCUUAGAUUAUCUGGUUGGAUAGCUGAAGAUAAUCUUUCGUCGUGUAAUGGUCAUCAAUGGGCAAAUUUAAUUCAAACAAAAUUGCCUCUAUUAAAACAAUUUGAAUUUCAUUUCUCUCAUCAGGCACGAGCCAACCAAGAUUGUACUAUUAUGGAAUCAUUGAUAGAAUCAUUUCGAACACCAUUUUGGCUUGAAAAUAACAGUUGGAUUGUUAAAUAUGACUAUGAGUGCGAUGAAGAUAUCUUAAACGGCCGUCAGAUUGUGAUAUCAUUCUCUCGAGAUCACGCUGAUUUGGCUUAUGGAAGUCGUGUGUAUACAAUACCAGUCUUUCAGAAUGAUUUUGAUUAUUCUAAUCGACAAAUUAGAGUCAUAAAUUCCAUAUUGAACACUAUUGAUAAAAAUGAACCAAUCGUCGUUAAUUCAUAUAAAUUAACCAUAGAUGUUAAUCGAAUGAUGACUGAAAACAUUCAAGAAAAGGUAAGAAUUAUUUUACUUUUUUUUUUCAAAUCUUAUCAGUUCUACUCAAAAGAAUUCAAUAGAUCAUUCCUACAUUUUAAGAUCGUAAUUGUUGUCCUAAUUUCUCUUUUUUUUUGUAUUACUGAAAUGGUUGAAACAAUUUUGUAUUUAAAUAGUGUCUGCUAUUAAAAUGAUAUAAUUUCUGAUGAGAAUCAUCCGACAUAAGGUGAAGUUUACUGAAAAGCUACUCAUUUUUAUCGCAUUGUGAUCAAAAAUUACAUUGGAUACAGAAUUUAGUUCUAUAUCCGAUAGUACUCUUUUUGUUCGAGGUUAUUCGAUUAAAAGUUAGGAAGUAUUCAAAUUUUCAAAAUAAUGAAAGUCCCAAACUUCCUUUUGAUUGAUAACAAUAAUACAAUAAAUUUCAAUAUAUAAAAUUUUGCUCAGUACUCAACUGAAGAAAGUGUAAUACACACACAUUCUUGUGUAAAUGAUUGAUUUCGUCCUAGUUAUCAGACUUGUAGCCUUUUCUUAAGGGAUUCUUUCGUUUUCUCAUUUUGAUAAAGAAUAAAACAUUCUCGCUUACAAAAUAUUCGAUACUCAGAGAUGUAGACUGCACUUAAACAAAUAUUUCUUAUUUAAAUAUGAUAUUGUUGAAUAAGACUAUUCGAUUUCAUAGAGAAAUCUAUCUGUAAUGAGUAUAUGAUUUUGAUUUGAUAUUUUAUUUUUAGCCCAAUGUAACAAUGAAACAUAUAUUUCGAAAUGUGACAGACCUUACAUUAAUGAUUGAUAAAGAAUGGCCUAUCGACUUAAUUCAACAUCUUUCAACAAUUAUUAAUCUAACCAAUCUGGAAGCGAUACGCUUGAAUUUCUUAUGUGAAUGUAACUUCAACGAAAGGUUGGAUGUCGAAAUGGAUGCUCUAUACAAGCGAGCAUUGAAUCUUCGUUCAAUACAAAUCAUGUGCAAUGAUUCUGAUAGGAUGAUGUUGAUUACUCGCAAUACUAUUGGUUUGAAAUUACCUCGUCAUAUCAAAAAACUUGAUAUUGAACUUAGACAUGUAGAAGAUGCCCAAUCCAUAUUACAAAAAGUUAAACAUCUAUCCAAGAUCACCUUUCGACCGCUUUGU